CAUUCAUUUCAUAUCGCCUUCACUUCUUCACUUCGUCUUCUCAACACUCUCCAGUUCGCUUCUUUUACCUCAAGUCUGUGACUUUUCAACACUCAACAUGCCUUCUUUCACCACCGUCAUUGCCGCUCUUGCCGGCUGCUCUGCUAUCGUCAACGGCGCCGCCGUCCCUGCGAGCGUUGCCACUCUCGAGGCCCGAGAGAACAGCCUCAGCAAGCGCGAGCCAGUUCUCGCUACUAUUCUCGUCGCGGCUGGUACCGCAGCUGUCAGCGCUGUCGUCAGCGAGGCCGUCAGCGCCACUGCCAAAUUCAUUGGUGACGUCCAGAACUUCGAUUCCGCUCGGGAGGCCUUCACCCAACAAACCACCAAGGAGAUGAUGGCUAGGAAUCCCGACCCUGCCCGUUUCCAAGCCGCCGCCUGCUACAACCAGGGCUUUUCGGUCGCUGACCCCGCCAACAUCGACGGUCAGAACUCUGUCGAGUUUAAGCUUGGACUUCUCAACACCGACUACGAGUGCAUGUACAUUGCCGCUCCCAACCAGUUCUUCACCGAGGGCGACGGUGGGUUCAUCAACCUUGCAUUCGAGCACACCGACCGCUGCACUUUCGACGAGGCUACCGCCGAUCUGACAUGCGUCUAAGCGAUAGUGUUCUUAGAGGGGGUUUGUUGGCGAAUUCGAUUGUGAAGAAUUGGGGGCGAAAUCUUGAAAGGUUGAAUGUGGAGCAUAAACACGGCCGUCGAUGUGAUCAAGAUAUGCAAAGCAACAUCCUCUUCUUCGUUUGGU